ACUUUUUUUCUGUUGCUAUUGAUGCUCGACCAUGACAAGCUUCCCGCAACGAAGAAUACUUCUUUCACGCAACUAUGCGUCUUGGUACACCUCUCCGCUGACAAUCCCCUGUCGACGUUUGCAUCGGACUGUCGACUGCAGGAGCGACAAUGGUGCGAUUGUUCCGGAUAGCCUGGAGAAAACUCUGGAUGCGCACCGCGACGCCAACCGCGCAAGUUUGAUUCGCAGAGUUUAUACCGGGGAUGUAAGUCCGGUUCGCAAGGUCCCAAGCACCGUCAGGAGCGGGUCUCGGCCCAGUCGUCCACAAAGUCAUACUACCAGUCAUGGGGAAUCUCUGAAACCAUUACCUCCUAGUGCUGAAUCGAUCACAGCAGCCUCAAUAACCUCCGCUCCUACUCAGGGCACGAGUCUAAGCUUCGGCGCGUUACGCAGUCCACGAUUACGUGCCGUUUGGUUAAAGCAGCUGGAGCAUCCGAAUAAAACACAAUUCUUUCAAGAUGGUGGCUCGCAACUCAGUGCGGAAAUUCGAGCGUUAGGGGACUACAUCAUGCCGACUGCCGUCGAGGAGGAACAGGCUCAGCAGAUUCUUGCAGAGAUUUCUCAGUUGCUCGAAGGGGUCGUGUCGCAUCCGCUACAGUGGUCAGGGGCUCGGAGCCUCGGACUCGGGACGACUUUGUCUGCUAUGCCUAUUCGUCUGCUCGUUCCUGACCCCAGUCGCUCAGGGCAAGUACGAGAACCGAGUCCCACCCGGCCAUAUAUGGUCAGCCAAUACGCAGACCUCCUAAGAGAGGUCGAAAAUGAACUUCGGCGUCAUCCGUCCUAUGUAGUACUACGCCACACCUCGGCAAAUGUUAAGUCAAAUCAAGCUGGCAUCCUCGACGUACGCCACCGUGAAACCCGUCUCAGGCUGUCGUUCCACUGUGGUGAGAAAUACGACAACCUGUAUGAACAUAUAAAGAAUUGGCAGGCUGAAUAUCCAUCGUUCCGGUAUUUGUUUGUGGCAAGUCGCCUUAUCUUGCAAAGCAAUAUCUUAUAUGGUAAAACCGGUGCAGGGAUCACCCACCCUGCGCUCGCCGUUCUCCUCGCAAACUUCUUGAAGAUGAGCCAUGGCCGGUUUCUCGGAAACAAUGACUUGGGUGAGCAACUUCUCGCCUUCUUGCACAAGUUCGGACUAGAGGUCGACCUCCAGAAGUCCGGGGUCGCCGCUGACCCUCCUGCUAUCUUCGACCGGCGCAUGAUAAGAAGAGCCUACCAAGAGCAUGGUGCCAAAGCCAAUUGGCCCGUUCACCUUCGUGGUCAAUUUUCCCUCCUGAAUCGAAGACAAACUGCCCUGGAGAGGGGCAACUUGGCUUUAGCACAGCGACUAUGUGUUCAGGACCCCACAAAUUAUUUGGAGGACCUAGGCACGCCAUGUCUGCACACGGCGUUCGUACAAAUGACUUUCAGGGACGCAUACCAAGUGCUCCGCACCCGCCUUGCGGAAUGGUCGGGGGGGCGCGUCACCCCAACCAGAAAUCUUCUGGGCUCUGUCAUCAGAACACCUUUCGACAAGACUGAACAGAUGCGCAAACUUCUCGCAUCUAGGAAAGAGCUCUCACCACAUCGCAGCAACUAAACUUUCACUUCACUUGUGUACCUCGUACGCUUGGCUGUAGCCCAGGGAAAUUUAUAAUACUCGGCUUUCAUCGGUCACAAUAGUCAUUUUCAUUUGUUGUUUGUGUCUACACAUGGACAACUCCCGAUGCAUCCGCUUUGCUACCAAGUAGUACGGGACGAGAUAUCAUAGGUGAAUUGAGAAGUAUUAUCGUUGAAGAAGGCUCGCUUGCUUAGGUAUGCAUAGAAGUGUAUGUCACAUAAUCCAGUGGUCCGUCUUGAUUUCGUGAAGGGUAUAUAUACAUGUCGAGGGAGAGCAUCUGCAAAAAGUACCGGAUGGUAGCGGAGGUUCAGAAAGGCCCAGGGCCAUGGAAAGCGUUUCGAAAACAGAAGGAAGAAGCAGGAGGCGUUGAGG